UUGCCUACGGUCCCUGCAUCGUGUCCAUUCACCAUUGAGAAGUACCAUAUCAGGAACGGGCUUUCCAGCCCAAAUAAAACAUUCUUGAUCCGCGAACACGACAACUACGGCGAAUAUCCUCACAUAUACGCCAAAUUAUGCCAAGUCACUGAGGCCACCACCCAAGGCGACGUCGAGCAGCAGAAACAAAUCCACAAAGUCAUAGUGCUGAGCGACACAGGCUGUGGUACAGAAGUUCCACAUUGGAAUUUCUCAAGAAAUCGAAGAACUACGUCUCAUCAGGAAGGAGGCCCCUAUCCGCAGGUAUGGAACAUCUUCACAUUCCUGGAAUAUACGCUCAACCCAGGCAGCCGGAUUCCAUAUCUGGUGAUGACGACGCACUGCCAUUACGACCAUAUCCUGGGUAUUAGCAAACUACCACCAACGGCGGCGGCGGCAGCAGGAAUCCAACGUGCUCCAAUUCCUAUCUACAGCCGGAAUUACUGUGAAAGGAAAAAGGCACCACCACCACCACUACCACCACCACCACUACCACCACCACCACUACCACCACCACCACCAACAACAGUCCUAACAUCCUCGCGAGGCAAAGCAUUCGUGACACCUUAUUCCAACCUGCAGAAACACAGCCUCGCGGGUACGCUCGGGCUCUGCGCUCCGAAAUACGACGUGGGGAUAUGGGCGGAGGAUUACUCACAAGUCGUCUAUGAUCGCUCCCCUUCCCCAACGAUCCCACAACCCGACUCACAAAUCCCAUCGCCCCUUGCAAUGACAAUUCAAAUCCGCACACCAUACACCAUUCUGCACACACCAGGCCACACACCGGACUCGCUAUCAUGGUACGACGCGGAAAACCGCGUGCUCUGUGUGGGUGAUAGCUUCUACCUCAAGGAGACACCAUUUUCCAAUGGAGCACCCUGGGGACCCGAGCCGCCGAUGCCGACCAUGUUCGACAAGGAAAGCGAUCUCGCCGACUGGUGGCGAAGUCUGCACAAAGUGCUGGACUUCGUGGUGAUAAAGAAUUGGGAGCUUGGAAAGGAGCUGGAAGAUCGAAUUCGAGAAAGCAAUAGCACGAUCCCUGGCUCCUCGUUGACCUCGACGACGACGAUAUCGACGACACCUACCCACGCGUCCACCUAGCCGCAGCACACACGACAUCCAACACCGACGCUUACGUAGCAAUCCUAGAAAUCAAAGCGUUCAUUGCGGCAAUCUUGCGCGAUGAGAUCCCGAAGCGGAAGGUCGAGAAUGGGCCGCGCGGGGAGGAGCGUUGGUUGUGGGACGUUGAUGAGGACGAGGAUGAUGCGGAUGCGGAUGGAACAACGGAGCGGGGCCCCCAGGAAUGCAGGUGGAGGUUCAGCGUUCUCGCACCAAUGGCGGUGGUCGAGGAGGGGAGGAGGAGGAUCCCGAGGGCUGAGUGG